UAUUGGUGUAUUCCAAUAAAUUCUUAUAAUAAUGAUAUUGAAAUAUUUGAAAAACAAAUAGGUGAAUUUCGAAAACAAACUCGGAAUAAUGAUCUUGAAAAAAACCAUCCAAUCUUUUUGAAAUAUAUUAAAGAUCCAUAUAAUAUAAAUGUAUGGGGUAUUAUCAAUGAAUCUAAUAGAAAAUAUCAACAAAAUAAAAAUAAAUAUCUUAUUUAUUCUUGUCCAUUUAUGUGUGGAGGUUGGGGAGAUCGAACUCGUAAAAUUGUUGCAUCUUUUUUACUUUCACUUGCUUUGAAUCGUACAUUUAUUAUUGAUAUGACAUGGCCAUGCUCAAUUGAACGUAUAUUAACUUCAAAUUUUAUUUCAUGGUCUAUAUCAUCACACAGUCAUAUUAGAAAUAUUUCAUCGUCAAUUAAUAUUACUUCAUUAUCUUCAAAAAAUUAUAAAAUAUUAAAAUCAUAUCAUGAACAAUAUUCUGUACUUUAUAUUCAAACAAAUAAUAUUGCAUAUUUUGAUAUAGUAGCUCGCUAUCCUGAAUUCUAUAAAUCAUUAUUUAAUCGUUUUCGACUCAAACAAGAACAUAUUCAUAUUAUUGCAUUAUAUCCUUUAUUCUAUGAAUUACUUAUUAAAUUAAAACCACAUUUACAAGAAAAACUUGAUCGACUGAAUUUGAAUAAUUAUCCACUAGAUACGAACAUAGACAAUGGUCCGUUAUUGUGUGGUCAUUUACGUAUUGGUCGUAAUCCAUCAAAUCCAAAAGAUGUGGUAUUUCCUCAUCGUGAACGUAUGAACAUAACUGUUUUAAAAUUUCUCCUUUCACGGCCUGGUCGUGUAUUUAUUACUACUGAUUCUGGUGAAGUUCAACAGUUAGCUCGAAAAUUAUUUUCACUAAAAAAUAAUGAACCUUCACGUUUAAUAGAAAUUAAUGGUACAAUUGCACAUAUUGAUCGUGAUUGGAAUUAUUUAGGUUGUGCAAGUUUAGAAAAGACAAUUUUAGAUUUUCAUGCAUUAAGUCAUUGUGAUUUAGCUGUUAUUUCAAAAAGUUCAUUUGGACAUCUAGCUGUCAUGAGAAGAAUUUAUCCAUAUAACGAAUUAUAUCUUUAUUGUGAUGGAAUUAAAAAAAUCAAUAAUUCUAAUGAUUAUAAUAAAUAUAAAUAUUCAACAUGUUAA